AUGAUUCCUUCGCAUCAUUUUCUGACCCGCCUAGCGACCCAUUCUGUCUACUACGGGGCAUCAUUUUGUGGAUUUCUUCCCUUCCGAUAUGCAACCGAUCGUUUCGUGUGGUCCAGGGUCCGAAUGCUGUGGUCGCUUUGUGCAGGAAUAUGUUCGAUAGUACUGAUUGGCUAUAGUUACUACCAUGUCAUAACUCCACUUUCUUUUCCUUCGUUGGAGAUCCUUCGUUAUUUGCUCUACUGGGAGUACACAAUUCGCAUAAGUGUCAUAGUGUCCUGCUAUCUUUCCGUAUGGAUCAAUUACGCCCAGUUGAGAGAUCGUGGGAGCGAUGCUCUCGAAAUUUUGGCGAAACUCCAAACAUACGACACCUCAUCACAUAUUGGACUCAACUUAACGAUUUGUGGAUUGUUGAAGAUUGCGUUCGGUGAUAUCUUGAUAUGCUGCAUACUGGGGAUCAUUUCUCAAUUGAAUUUCAAGAAUGAUCCAGUGCCUACGUUCCAGCGACUAGUUAACAUUUACAGUCUGUUCGUGGUAGCCCAAGUGUCUAACGUGUGUGUAUUCAGUCUGUCCACGGCAACUUAUUGUUAUGGCGCAAUUAACCGGCAAAUUAGUAGGAACUGUUCAACCGUCGUUUGCAAGGAAUUAGAUGUGUUGAGUAGGCUGCACUAUAAAACUACCGACACCAUUCAGGGUGUUUGUAACAUUUUCGGAGUUUCACUAGCGUUGAUCAACUUCUGUCAGUUUCUCGUGAUCAUUUCAAGGGUUUAUUAUGUAUACGUUUGGUUUGUGCGUGAGCAUAGGUAUCCUCCUUUCAACUCUCUCGUAUAUCUCUGUUUCGAAGUUAUCCAUCUUUUAUAUUUGGCAUCAGUGUCACAUUUACUGAAUCGAAAGGGCGAAGAAACGUUAAUAGUUUUGAAUGAACCACUUGAAUUCGAUGUGGAUAUUGCCGUUGAGAGAAGGAUUCAUUCGUUCUCCGUUGGUUUGCUGUUGCGGGAUCAUAGCGUGGAACUGUGCGGAUUGUAUAAACUAGAUUUUCCUAUGUUAUUUUCGGCAUUCCAAUUUUUCUACAUAGUUUCUGGAUCGACUCUGCUGACUAAUCGAGCCGAGAAAACGGGACUGCUGUUGAAUAGGUUCUUCAAAGCAGACAUUGAAGAAAGGGUAGAGAAGACCAUUGAAAUGUUCUCCAUCGAGUUACUGCACCAAACGUACAGCAUAGAAAGUUUUGGAAUGUUCAAGGUAGACUUCACACUGAUGUAUUCGAUGGUUGCCAGCAUCACUAGCUAUCUCAUAAUAAUGGUGCAAUUUCAGCUGACUGAAUAAAUAUCUGGAUUGGGGAUGUUAUAUUUCAGACAGACUUCUAUCAG